AUGGGCCAGGCUAGCUUCGUGGGCCGGCCGGAGUGGAAGCCCACUUUGGUUGGCCAGCUGGUUGCUGGGCCCGUCCUUUCCUUUUUUGCUCUCGGGCUCGGCUUGGCCCACCCACCUCCGCUCUGCCACCGCUGCGCCGCACCGGAGACGCCCUGCCGGCGGAGGGGAGGAACCACGGUCGCCGCCGGCCAUUGGGAAGAAGAUGAUCCCGCCGGGCGGCAGUGCGCCGCUCCCUUCCGCCGACAAGCUCCAACCGGAUCAUCAAAUCGCCCUAAAUUCAGGUUGCGCGAUGUUGUGAGCAUCAACAUUAUCUUCCCUCCUCAUAUCCAAAAACGAAAAUCUCCUGCUAAAAGUUUCAUACUGCUAAUCUCUUUGAUAAUCACGGCAUGCAAUCAUUCGAGUCUCGGUGUCUGCCGUGCGAGUGGCUACCUUCCAGGAAAGUCGGGCAACUGUGAGAAGAGCAAUGACCCCGACUGUUGUGAGGAUGGGAAGAGAUACCCGCAGUACCACUGCUCGCCGCCGGUCACCACGACCACCAAGGCCGUCUUGACGCUCAACAGCUUCGAGAAGGGCAAGGACGGCGGCGGUCCAUCGGAGUGUGACAACGCCUACCAUAGUGACAAGGAGAUGGUAGUCGCGCUCUCCACCGGCUGGUUCAAGAACAUGGCCCGUUGCGGGCACCGCAUCAAGAUCACCGCCAAUGGCAACUCCGUGUAUGCCAAGGUGGUGGACGAGUGCGACUCCGUCUAUGGCUGCGACGACGACCACAACUACGAGCCCCCGUGUGCCAACAACAUCGUCGACGCAUCUCCCGCGGUGUGGAAUGCCUUGGGGCUCGACCAGAACGUCGGCAUGGAGGGCAUCACCUGGUCUGAUGACUGCCGUGCGAGUGGCUACCUUCCAGGAAAGUCGGGCAACUGUGAGAAGAGCAACGACCCUGACUGCUGCGAGGAUGGCAAGAGGUACCCGCAGUACCACUGCUCGCCGCCGGUCACAGCGACCACCAAGGCCGUCUUGACGCUCAACAGCUUCGAAAAGGGCAAGGACGGCGGCGGUCCGUCAGAGUGUGACAACGCCUACCAUAGCGACAAGGAGAUGGUAGUCGCGCUCUCCACCGGCUGGUUCAAGAACAUGGCCCGUUGCGAGCACCGCAUCAAGAUCAACGCCAAUGGCAAGUCUGUGUAUGCCAAAGUGGUGGACGAGUGCGACUCCGUCUAUGGCUGUGACGAGGACCACAACUACGAGCUCCCGUGUGCCAACAACAUCGUCGACGCCUCACCUGCGGUGUGGAAUGCCUUGGGGCUCGACCAGAAUGUCGGCAUGGAGGGCAUCACCUGGUCUGAUGAGUGA